AUUUUUGACCCGCCGGAAGAACUGGAGAGGAAGGUGCAGGAGCUGGCAGACUUGAUCCGGAGUUCCUCCAAUGUGGUGUUUCAUACGGGGGCUGGAAUCAGCACCUCCUCGGGCAUUCCCGACUUCAGGGGGCCCAAUGGUGUCUGGACUAUGGAAGAGAAGGGGCUCUCCCCAAAAUUCGACACUACUUUUGAAAAUGCCAGACCCUCCAAGACUCACAUGGCGCUGCUGGGGCUGCAGAGAGUCGGGAUCUUGAAAUUCCUGGUCAGCCAGAACGUGGACGGCCUUCACGUGCGCUCGGGAUUUCCACGGGAUAAGUUGGCUGAGCUCCACGGGAACAUGUUUGUGGAAGAGUGUGUGAAAUGUGGCAAGUAC